CAUAGAGCUUGCAGGCCCGCUUGGAGAAGGGGCGAGCAACGCGCAUGCGCAAGCCUUGCGGUCGCUUUUCGUGCUCCGUCCCAGCCCUGCGCGCCAGACCCCUGCAGGCAGUCAAAAAUUCACCACAUGGUACAAGCAACAAAUUGAUGCGGGUCGAAACAGACUACAGGAGAACAGUCAAAAUUGCAUCUACGAUACGGCCAUCUGUACGGCGUGGCCACGAUCGCAGCGACAGCGACCAAGUUGCGAUGCGCGUGCGUUCACUGUUUGUCUCCCGUUGCUCCGGAAAAAUGGCGUUCGUUCUUGCUAAGUCCUCCGCUUUCGGCGUGGCCGCGAAGCCCGUCUCCCGCCGCUCGAGCGUCGCCGUCAAGGCGUCCGCCGUGCCGGAGAACGUCAAGGAGGCCCGCGAGUGGAUCGAUGCCUGGAAGUCCAAGUCGGGCGGCGCCAAGCGCGAUGCCGCUCUGCCCAGCUGGAUGCCCGGCGCUGACCUGCCCGGCUACCUGAACGGCACUCUGCCCGGCGACUUCGGCUUCGACCCCCUGUACCUGGGCCAGGACCCCGUCAAGCUUAAGUGGUACGCCCAGGCUGAGCUGAUGAACGCUCGCUUCGCCAUGCUUGCCGUUGCCGGUAUCCUGGUGCCCGAGCUGCUGUCCAACAUCGGCUUCUCGUGGCCCGGCGCUGGCGUGGCCUGGUACGAUGCCGGCAAGUUCGAGUACUUCGCCCCGGCCUCGUCCCUGUUCGGCGUCCAGAUGCUGCUGUUCGCCUGGGUGGAGAUCCGCCGCUACCAGGACUUCGUGAAGCCCGGCUCGGCCAACCAGGAUCCCAUCUUCACCAACAACAAGCUGCCCGAUGGCAACGAGCCCGGCUACCCCGGCGGCAUCUUCGACCCCUUCGGCUGGAGCAAGGGUGACAUCAAGUCCCUGAAGCUGAAGGAGAUCAAGAACGGCCGUCUGGCCAUGCUGGCGUUCGCUGGCUUCAUCGGCCAGGCUUACACCACCGGCACCACCCCCCUUAAGAACCUGUCGACCCACCUGGCUGACCCCUGGUCGACCACCGUCUGGCAGAACGACCUGGCCCGCCUGUAAAUGGCCUGGCCGCCGUUUGCUCGGCCGGCCCAAGACCGGCGCUGGCUGACGUGUUGCUUGCUGACAGGCGACAUGGCGCGCAGCGUCCAGUCCUGAUACCUGUACACUGAAGACCGCGGUGUGUUAAAAAGCAUUGGCGGCGGCCCCCGACGCGGGAGCCCCCGAAUGUGGCUCUGGCGCACGUCGGGUUGUUUGGCGCCAUGUACGCCUUGGCGGCUGGGAGAGGCUGAUGUGUCCUGCUCGCAGUCGCCGGCGGCUGGCCUUUACUUUGCGCAACGCAGCGUGGUGUGGAUGGCAAUCGUGGUCUGUGCAUGGGCUCUGUCGCUGGCCAGAACCCGGGUGCCGCCGCCUUCCAUGCUGGGUUGGCAGAUUUUGGAGUGGUGACAACUGAUGGGUUUAGUGUUGAUGAUGUGGACGCUACUGGUGUGUUGGUGGGUGAGUGGUGAAACCUGAGGCAAGUAAGGGCAGGCGCAAAGGGCGCGACCAGGCACGAGAGGAGAAGCGUCUGCGCAGAAAGGCGGGGACGCAGCCGGCCGCGACGCCGGCGCUGCCGGCCUGCAGGGAAACUGAGUGGCGGUGUGAUCACGCAUCGCAUGUCAUGAAUGGGUGGUUGAGCUGUACAGCAUUCUUGACAUGUAAUCCUCUUCAUGA